AUGGCUAGCAUUUGCAGAAGCCGCAAUUUUUCCACGUUUUCAGUUGUUGCAAAGGAUGCCAAUGUGCUUCCCUCAUCUCCAGAAAUGAAAAGCGAAGCAUGGACUUCCAGCAGCAGCGACGACAGCGUCAUCACGAAAAAAGUGGCUGGAAUGGCUAGAAACUUACAAGAGUCGUCAAAGCCUCCAGUUAACAUUUCCAAGAACUUCUCUAAGAACUUUGUUGCCGGACAAACUUACGAUCCAUUUGAUUUUUCCAUGAACAGAUUGGAUAUGGAGACCAAAUGGGCCAAGAACCGUAAGGAUAGCGCCAAAAACUAUAAGAAUGGUGAGGAUGAUGUGUUUGAGCGUACAGGUAUUGACCCACUUGACUUGUACUCGAUGCCAGAGAUCUUGUCUAGAUUUAUUUCUGCCACAGGUCAGAUUUUGCCUAGAGAGGUGACGGGAUGUAAUGCUAAGAACCAAAAGAAGUUGGCCAUUGCCAUCAAGAGGGCGCGGAGCGUCGGUUUGUUGUCGACUACCCACAGACAUGCACGUUAUAUGCCCAAGAGAAUCUUGUAA